GGUAAGGGCUACAUAUGUAUUACUUCACCCCCGAUGAGUUGUUGCCAUCUCUUGGGUGGGACUUAGCAGUUGUUUAACAGUACACAAUACAAAAAGAUGUGGGUUAACUUAAAACUAUUAUAAUCAGGUGAUAUGAUCAGGGGAAUUUAGUUUAAAGUUGAAAUUGACUAGGGUUAGGAUAUGAUUUGGGGUUUAAGAAAGGCUGCAUUACCAUUCCUUCAACAUACAAAUCAACACUACAACAAUCUUUUCUGUUUUGUUCCUAUGGAAGUGUAACCCUUUAGAUGGCCCAUAAUAUUAACUUUCUUCUACCUUUCACCCUCUUUAAAAACAAAACAAAAAAACCCCCGUAGUCCCUCAUUAGUAGAUAGAAAUAUAUCUGUCAAACAGAAAUAAAAUUUUCUGUCAUUGCUCACAUUUGUCUAGCAUGUGAUGCACAACUUUUUUUUUUUUUAAUGUAAUGCUAUAGCAAAGAUUGGUUUGAAACAAUGGAAUUUUUAUAGGGCAAACGUCACGGUAGUUGUUAAGGCCUAACAGCCUUGACACCGUCCUUUCAAACACAGUCAAAGAGCUUUGUGAGGUAUACAGUUUUUACAGUAGCAGUUUUUACAUACUAAACAAAGGCAGGAAAAAACGUAAAUAUCAGUGAAUUUUCAUGUCUUGUUUUUAAGGUAAUUUUUAAGUUGGUGGUUAAAUAAACAUCUGUCUUGCAAGUCUAGCAAACUGGUACUUUUCCCAUUCAGGACUGAGUACAAUAUUGCAAAGCACCACAGUAAUUAAAGAGUUAUAGAUUUAUUUUUCUAUAAAAUUACUCCUGAAUAGCAGAUGGUGAACACAAACGUGUUGCUCCAGAGACAUAUGAAAACCUAUCUGUUCCAUAAAAGCCUCUUCAUUGCUGAACUAGGCUGAUGUGGUAAUUUUUAAAAAGGCCCGAAUUAGGCUAUGUAGCCACUCAGGCCUCAGACAAUAAAAUAAAUGGAAAAUGUUUCAGUGAUUAGUUUUUCAUUAGUAGUUUCCCCUAAUCUGAUGGUUCAUGCUGGUCUGAAAUAAUUAACCUAUUCAGUUUUAUUGCUUCAGUGCCAGAUUAGGCUGUCAUCAUUUAUAAUCUUAAAUCUUGUAAUAAAUAGCCCAACAGCCCAUCUUAAUAACACGCACACAGCCAACUACCAUUGAUGUAGAAAGAAAAAAACUAAGCAACCAUAUUCCAGAAUUUCAGUUUGAACAAUGCUGAGCAUUACGAGUGUGAAAAAAAUCUUGUAUUGCUCCAUUGUCUCUGCUCUGCCGAUGAUAUCCUGAUCUCCCUGAGGUGUUCGUUAGCGGAACAGACUGAGAUUUCUGCUCCACUUGUUGACAUGAUAUCCAGUUGUGGAGGUCAUAUAAUGUUAAAUCAUAAUAUAGUAAACCAAAGGUUAGUUCCAAGUUCUUGUUGAAACAGACUUCCAACUUGUAGAGAAUUUGAAACCAGAUUUGUCAUUGGAUUUGUGUUCAUAGUUUGUAACUAGUACAUCUUGCUCCCAUAUCAGGAAUCUCACAAUGCUUAGACCUUUAUUUAAAAGAAAGGUUUGGAAUCAUGCUGAUUGCAUUUGUUUCUUCAAGACUUCUUCUUAAUGUAUUUCAUUGUUUGGGGCAGCUCCUGAUUACAUUUUGUCCAAAUGCAGCAGUCCAUAUUCUUCUAGGUGGCCAAUUAAUAGAAUGCUUUGGCCCUGUUUUAAGACCUCUAUGUUGGUUCCCCCAUCAAAUUAUGGUUUAAUUUCAAAGAGUGAUUACGAUGUUUGAUGCACAUGUAUGUUGGCUAUCUAUGUAUGACUGAACCCCAUGCAUCUCAAGUUCUUUACUUAGUUCAAAGUCAGCAGGUAACAUAGCUUGUCCUAACGUACAUCUGUGAGAAAGGACCUUUGGCAACUAUGGGCCAGGUCCUAGCCCCGCAAUCCUGGUGCAGUUGGGACACUUUUCACACAGAUCGGCCCUAGACUACCUGUUAGGGAGGGUUAGCCCCAUCCUUUCCCCCACAUUUCUGGAACCCCCCUUUUCCCCGCAAAGGGCUUGAGAAUCUGUAUGCGAUGAGGGGUCAUGGUUGCACAUCAUCUCCACAAUACCAGUACUGUGGAAGGCCCACUCAGAGAUUAGUACAGCUUAACUACUGAGCAGAAUAUCCUUUAAGAAAGGUACCAGGCACCACUGCUUUGUCAGCAGGCCCCACUUGGAGCCAUAGUUACAGGAAAGUGAGGGAGAGCUCAUAGGGGAUUGGAAACUGGGGAAGGGAAGGGAAACUGGGGUCUUUAAGGCCAGACUCUUCCCCUCCAGUUAAGGGGCAAUCCUUAACCGAAUAAUUUGGAGCAAACCGUCCCAAGACCAUUUCCUGUAGGUUUUCCUGUGGGAGAGAAUAAUCUGUCCCAAUGAUUUACAAUUGUAUAACUCCCUGUUUCUGUUCAUAGGGCACACUUUGUUAUAGCUUUUAAAACUAAAUUAAAGCAGUAGUUCUUUCCUAUAGAUGUCAGUUGUUUUUAUAGUUUUGUUUAUUUUGAUACAACCCUGUGACAUACUGUGAAGGAUACUGUAGAAAUGGAUAAUGAUGCUGACUCACUCCAGAACAUUACAGGUACCAAAUGAAAGAAGAAAAUACUGACAUGUUAACAGUACUUAAAAGACUUUGGGGAAAAAAUCUAUAAGUUACAAUCUUCUUAUCUCACUUUACACAGAUAUAUAACCAUUUAAGCUGGCUAAGCGAAAUAUUUGCUGCCAAAAUUAAAUCAGCUUUCACCAGAUCUCUUUUUGCAUCUGCAAAAUUUUAUGUGCAUAUCACUGAAGUAUUAUGUCCUCAUUUAUUUAUGGGUAUAGCUUCUAUCACUUGACCAUCUAAAUACCUGAUUAUCCCCACGAAUUUAAUUUAGAUAUUUAGUUUUGCAAGUAGCAGUAAUUGUGGAGGCAAAAUUGACCCCAGUACCUCACAGGAUGAAGCCAUAUGAUCACAGGUGGUAGACAAUUAUCCAAGUGUCAUUAAACCCUGAGUUCAUGUGUCUCCAUGUACAAACCUCAUAUCCUGGGAAGUGUAAUCAGAGCACUUACAUAAAAAGAACAAAGAUUAGUAUGUUGACAAGUCAUCGUACUUACCAAUAGUAUCAGAGACAUAUCGGUAUUGAAAGAACUGAUAAACCCCAUGUUUUUGGUGCGCAUUUUUGAUACUGCACAUGUUGGCAUCUCUAUGGGAUGCCUCAGCUCAGAAGUGAAACAUCUACUCUGCAUUUUCUGGGUUUCUAAUUUUUUUUCUAAAUUUUAACAUGUGACAUGUGCCUGAAACCUUAGCAUCACCUUAAAAAAAAUUUUUGUGGAGGAUUGUUAUAUACAGAUAAAAAGAAAUAUCUGGUGCAGUACUUUUUAAAGUUUAUGUACAGGCAGUUGGUGAAACAUUGCUAUACACAAAUAUAUCUGCAGCUAUUUAAUAGAGUAUUGUUAUGCAGUGUAGGGUUUACAAGCAGCCAGUGUAAUGUUUGUAUUCAUAGGAACUCUAGGUAUAUAGAGGAUAUUCAAGUGCUCAGGGAUAUUCUUUUUUCAGAUACCAGAGUGUUAUAAAAAUAAAAUUAGUUAAUUGAUGCAGAAUUGUUAGGAGAGUCUGUGUGGAUGUAAUUUUUCAUGCCCAAACCAAAUACACUUUAUAAAAGGAAGCUAUGGGUUCUAUAAAUAAGCGUAGGUAUCUAAAUGUAUUUACCCAAACCACAAAGUUUGCAGUUGGCUCACUUCUGCCACUGGAUGCAAAGAAAGCCUUUCAUAUGAUGAAAUGGACACAUCUGUUUGCAGUGCUCCAUCACAUGGUAUUCAAAGAUCCAUUAGUUAAAAAUAAGCUUGGUAGUAACUGAAAGUCACUACCACCUCACAGAUGUUUUGUGUCAAUGUUAAAUGUAUUGCUGAUCCUUGUCCUGGGUCUAGUGCUACGGGAUUCGUAUCACUGGGAAAAUCUUAGUAAGGAGAUUAAGGCUUGAAUGGUCAUGGAGACUGAACUCUCCAUUUGUAGGUGGUUCCAUGGACACAUUUGCAGCACAGGGCCACAACCACAAUUAUGCUACUACACCUAUUCUGAAAAUAGAGGGAUAGCUUCUGUCUUCACAGUUACCAAAGCACGAACGUUCACCAAAGCUACUGACAGAUAAAACAAACAAUAGAUGUGUUGGAAACAGUACACUCAGGGGAAGGGCAGAUGCGGCUGGAGCAGGGCAUGUUCACCAUUUCUACCAUUUUCCCUGAUGCCAGUAGAGCGGCCCGGCAGUGACAGCCUCUGAAAUGAAUCCUUCCUGGGGGUGGGGGGAAGGAGGGAGAGAGUCCAGGUGUUUCAAGCUGAUCCUUAGCCAGUGUCCUCUGGCACUGGAACUAGGUAACAUUCAUUAGAACUAAUUCAGUUAAUGAGUUAGGCGAUAUUAAAUUGCAGGACGCUUUCCUCGGCCCAGAGCCGCUCAGCUCAGCACACCCAGGCUCCUUGCACCACCGGGGCCUUGCCCCAGCGCUCCUAGCCGCAGGGCGCCUCAUUGCAGCCCUGCCUAUCCUCCUCCUCCCUAUAAAUUGAGUGAGUUUUCGCACUACACGGCCCUUUCCACCCCCGAGCUACUGCCCGGGCAGCCGCAGGCCUCCUACUCCAGCACAAGAGCCACCGGCCCGCGCUCCGGAAAUGAAUCUUUGCUCAAGAGACUACAUACCCCGUCAGCCCGCUGCGCACUUCCGGCGCGUACUGAUUAGCCUCGGGGCGUUGCCGGCGGUGAUUGGAUGCCGGCUUUGGCGCGUCAGUGUUGUGGGUGGGGAGUGGUGGUGGAGUUUCCCCCUCCCUCGCUCCCGGCAAGCCAGAGCCUUGGCUGCGCGAAGAUGGCGAAGACCUACGACUAUCUUUUCAAGCUGCUGUUGAUCGGCGACUCGGGCGUGGGCAAGACCUGCCUGCUGUUCCGCUUCAGCGAGGACGCCUUCAACACCACCUUCAUCUCCACCAUCGGAAUUGAUUUUAAAAUCAGAACAAUAGAACUAGAUGGAAAGAAAAUUAAGCUACAAAUAUGGGAUACAGCUGGUCAGGAGAGAUUCCGCACAAUCACAACAGCAUACUACAGAGGAGCCAUGGGAAUUAUGCUGGUAUAUGACAUCACAAAUGAGAAGUCUUUUGACAACAUUAAAAACUGGAUAAGGAACAUAGAAGAGCAUGCCUCUUCAGAUGUGGAAAGAAUGAUUUUGGGUAAUAAAUGUGAUAUGAAUGAAAAGAGACAAGUCUCAAAAGAAAAAGGAGAGAAGUUAGCAAUAGAUUAUGGAAUCAAGUUUCUAGAGACAAGUGCAAAAUCCAGCAUAAAUGUGGAAGAGGCAUUCUUCACACUUGCACGGGAUAUAAUGACAAAACUCAACAGAAAAAUGAAUGACAACAGUUCACCAGGGGCUGGUGGGCCGGUGAAAAUAACUGAAAAUCGAUCGAAGAAGAGCAGCUUCUUUCGAUGCACGCUACUUUGAUGAACUCCUAAUGAUAGACUGCAGCACACUUAGAAGAACCUUUUCUGCUUCUUUGAAAGCACAGGGUCACAAAGCCUCAGAAAUAAUACCACCAAGCUGCUGCUGAGAGCUUCAAUGAACGUUGACUGCGUAAAACAAAAUAUCAAGUGGAUUUUGCUCACUAAGCCCAUUGACCUGUCAGGCUCGUUUUUCUCAAAUGUGGAAGCAAUGAAGUGGAGACACAAAUGCAGGACUUAAUUUUCUUCAUUACUUUCUGUUUUAAUGCCUGUUGCAAAAGCUGCUACAUUUCUUUUAACUUUGCACAUCCAUAUUAGCCUUUUAUUGCCUGUUACUGCACAAUCUAACACUUGUAUUUGCACAGUUUAUUGUCCUGUAAGUAAGUUCUUUAACAGAUUUGUGCAUUCUUUUACAAAUUUAUUUUACAAAUUUAUUUUAAAAAGCCAGAAGGAAUAGAUUAAAUCACAUCUCCAGUAAUCUUUGCUCUACACAUGUGAUCAUGUCUGCUAUAUGGAUGUGUUUAAGGUAAUGGGGCUUAUUAAAACAAAUUGGCAUUUAAGAACUUGUAUAGGUUUUUAUUCAGUUUUUCUCACAAAUGCACAAAUCCGUUCAUACAGAAGCUACUGCAUCUUCUAUUCUGAAUGUAGGAUGUUUCUUUUCUAUUGGUUUUUACCAAACUUAAGAGAAUCUUUUUAGAGCAGAGUUGUCUUCUAAAUAGACGUAGUUCUUAUCUCGUUUGUUGAAUGCACUCUUAAAGCAUGUGAAUGACCCCCCAGUGGUCAUUCAUUUUUCACCUAGUUUUCUCCUGUUAGCCCAACUCAUCUUUUUUAUUUUUGUUCUGGUUUCUGAUGACACUUGAGUUGAAAUCUUCAACGUAGCACAGGUGGGCAUCCUAGCUGUCACUUAAGUGACUUGUGGUAGCUAAGCUGAAUGAGGGUAUUCAAAACUCCUGGAUUCUGUUCUCCAAUGUAUGAAGAGUUAACUGCAGCUCCUACGGGUGACUUACAGUGAUGCUGAGGAUGUUCGUGUCACACCUCUAAACCUUGACCCUUGACGGCAAAGGCAUGCACAAACUAGCUGCCUGUGUAGUCACUAUAGUUGUUAAGCCCCUCCAUAAAAGAAAAUGGCACACCACGGCUUAUAAUGCAAUAUUAUGCAGCUGAUACUGAAUGUGUAAAGCCUUCAGUCUGCACAGGCAACUAUAGAAGUUAAUCAUCAGAAACUGGAACAGUGAUUUAGACUGCUAGAAGCCAAGUUGAAACUUAAUUGCCUUUCUAAUUCCUCUGAACACCUGCAAGCUAGUUUAUGUAUUUUAUCACUUGCUUGUUUUUCACAGAUCUUUCUCCAUGAACGAUUAAAACUGGUGCUUUAGUUUGUUGUGCCAAACUUGGACGAUUGUUAGCUUUAACUACAAACUUAACAGAGUCCACCACUUUGGUUAUAAGGUGCAGAUGGAUUGGUUUGUUGACAAACUGCUAACUUUUCUGACAUGUUUGCUUGUUUCACUACAGUCACUUAACUUUGUGGUAACAACCAAUCCACUGUUUAAUAUGUUAAUGUUUCACUCUGCUUCAGUUUGGGAUGUCUGAUAUUGAAUUUGUCAUCUUGGGGGUCUGUCUCAAAUAUUUUGAAACUAAUUCAGUGGACCAUCAGCAGUGAAUCCAAAAAGGACUUUGAUUAGUGUCCUGAACAGACUUGAGAAACUUCAUCUGGUUCCUCCAAAGUUUAAGUGGCUUUCUAUACAUUCUCCCCACACCGCUACUUAAUUACAAUUAAAGUGAUCCUGGUAAUUAGAUUGUGAAUCACAAUCUCCUAUUCUUACUGAACUAGAAGGCACAGCAAAAGUUUUGAGUUAGCAAAAAUGUUCAAAACAAAAACAACCCUAGCUGUUCUGGCGUACACUUCAAAUUUUUCUGGGACAGGCUAAUGCAGUUAAGUUUUCUGUAUGGUAACAACGUGCUUCCUAUACAGCGACUGUUACGACUUCAGUUAUGAAUGUUGUUAAUUUUCAGUAAUUUACCUCUGACUUAUUUUGGUGUCGUAACACACGGAUUUUUAUCUCUGAGUUGUCUGCAAACCAAAACUGACAUGUUCUGUGGUUGGUACCUGUUACGGAAUGCUUUGCUUAUGUUGCAUUUCCUCUGUCUUCCUUCUGUUUGGUUCUGUGUACAAACAAGAUUAGUCUCCAUGAACUUCCUUUUGAAAGAGCCUGUAAGUGAGAGUCUAUAAAGUGCUUCUUGACGCAGCAGCAAAUUGGGGUAUCUGCUCUGUUGUAUUAAAAAGAAAAAAUCCUUGCUAUUUUCUUACAUUUAGCUAUGCUAAACUGUACAUAAAUUUGAGGUAAGACCAUAGGAAAUUCACUUUAUGCAUGAUAAAAUGAUGCAGUAAAUAUUUCACUUUGCUUAAUGUUCGUAUAAUGCUCAUCUUUCUCUAUUUGUAGAAGGAGUUAGUGACAGAUGAUUUUUUCUGUCCCCUGCUGAAACUGAAAAAUUCCAGUUUCAUGUGAAAACAUUAUGGUCUUAUGGAUAAGGUAAAACAGAUUUUUUUUUUUUUUUCAGCAGUAUUAAGUGGUUGAGGGGCCGCACUUUAUCAGUAUAUUAACUUUUGAUAAUGGUCAACAUAGACCUCUUUACUCGUACAGUCUGUUGUCAGACAUUGAAAAAUGUGCUGUAUUUGAGCAUGUAAAUCAGCUGAUUAUGUUUCACUGGGAACUUUUUCUAGCUAUAUUUUGCUUUAGGCAAGCAGACAAAUAACUUAUGUCUGAGCAUCAGUUGCUGGAUGCUUCAGGUUUUUCUAAUACCAGUAUGAAUGUUUUGUGUAGUCUUUUUUGUUAUAAUUUACUCAAGACUAUAAUCUUAAUUUUUGAAAGACUCUGACUAUACCUCAGCUAACUAACAUUCUAAUAUCCAUUAAAACAAAGGUGAUCCAACUAUUAUUCAUUAUACAAAGCAGAAAAUGUGCAGCCUGCCUGGCUCUAAAGACCUCCAUUAGUCUUUAAGGAAAGGCAGGCAUUUCUUUGGGUUUUAUUAGGACUAGAACCUACUUGCUGUCAAGUGGGGGGUUUCCUCCCCACAACUCUUGCCUUCCCUCCCAGUUUGUGCAGUGUGUUCUGUUUUUUUUCUAAAUGGUGAGAAAAUAAAACCUGAAAAUAUAUGGUCUCAGUGCUUCUUUUGCUAUAGCUUUCAAUCCUGUGAUCAGCAAACCGUGCACAUAAAAUGCUUAGUUCUUGUUGAGUAGACAUAGAAUACUUGAUUUAGGUUUAGUUAUUAAAUCUCUUGAAGUUUGUUUAAUGUUAAAACUUCGAAACCACAUAUUAAAUGUAAUGCAACUUUACCUUUAUUGAAUGUGGGGAUUUCUACAGUACUAGUCAAGGUUUUUGAAAAGUGCAGUUUUAUAAAUGAGGUAUUUCCUGUCACAAGUGCAUUUCCUCUUUUAGUCUUUUGUUUGUCGAGUGAAAUCAAGUCCAUUAUUUUCACAAGCCAAAAGUGGAGGGGGCGGGGUGUAUUUUUGAAAUGCAUUUUUUUCUGUGAACUCUUGAUGGGUAACCAUUUGGAAGAUACACCAAUAGCAUGUAAAGUGCAUAAAUGUGUUGCUAAUUUGUGGAAAUGCAUCGGUCAUCUGAUUAUGUAAUCAAGUGAAAUUUGCCAGGUAAAAGUUUAGGACAAGCUGUUUGCACAUAUUGGCUCCUUCCCUCUACUGCCCCCGAGCUGCUUGUGCCACAUUACUCUACACUUCGUAAUAUACCUUGUACUUCAAAAUGCCAUGUAAAGGCAGGACUUCCCACGUUUUCUUUGUUACCAGUGAAUUUAAACAUGUUAGUGCAUUCCUAUGGCCUUAUAAACAUAUAUUUUGCAAAUGACACUUUUCCUUGGGAUUACAAUUAUUUUAAUGCAAUAUACAGUUACUAAAUUCAGACUAAAAAGCAUGGCCCUAAAGAAAAUGCUUAAUUUUCAAAUAGAAUUGUUCUACCAUGUGUGUGUUUAAGCACAUUUUAUCUCUGCUCCAAAGGCGUAAUGUGAAAAUCCUGCAGAUAAAGUGGACUUGUCAUGUUAACUUGUAAACUUAAUCAUUAAUUGUGUACUGAUACUGUGUUAAAAAAGAAUGGUUUUAUUAUUCCAUGUGAACUUUUUUUACAACAAUGUGCAUCUCAAAUAAAAUUACAUAAUGAAAAA